GUUAUCACUCGCGCCUUCUUCCCACGACAAAGCCCCUACUCUCUCUCAGAAGCAAAGUGAGUAAUGGCGAAGAAGAGAAAGCACAGCGAGACAGAGGCUGCGCCGCAGAAGAAGGAGGUGGUCGCUCCUGAGAGACCCAAACGAACCCUUCUGGGUUGGAAGGACAAGAAGAACGAUGAUCAAGCCACACCCACUGAGUCCUCACCUGUCUUCAGGAACAAAGAGAAGGUCUUGGUUACUUGUUCCCGCCGGAUUAAUUACAGGUAUCGACAUUUGAUGUUGAAUGUGGUGGACCUGUUGCCUCAUUGUAAGAAGGACAACAAGGUCGAGUCUAAGUCCAGCAAAGGUGCUACCCUUAAUGAGCUGGUUGAGCUCAAGAGUUGCUCUUCCUGUCUGUUUUUCGAGUGUAGGAAAGGAAAGGAUCUUUAUAUGUGGAUGGCGAAAUCUCCCAGUGGACCUUCUGUGAAAUUCCUAGUGAAUGCUGUGCACACAAUGGAGGAGUUGAAGCUUACUGGAAAUCAUCUAAAAGGGUCGCGUCCUUUAUUAACUUUUUCAUCCAAUUUUGAUAAGGAUCCUCACUGGAAACUUUUGAAAGAGAUGAUUACGCAGAUAUUUGGCACCCCGAAGGAGCACAGGAAAUCUAAGCCCUAUCAUGAUCAUGUCUUUGUUUUCUCUAUCGUUGAUGACCACAUAUGGUUCCGAAACUAUCAGAUAUCGGUUCCUCAUAAUGAAUCAGAUAAAAUAGCUCGAGGGGGGCUGGAUAAAAUGACUUUGAUCGAGGUUGGUCCUCGAUUUUGUUUGAAUCCAAUCAAGAUAUUUGCUGGCAGCUUUGGAGGCCCAACACUAUAUGAGAAUCCAUUUUACAUUUCACCAAAUCAGAUUCGAUCAAUGCAGAAAAAGAAGAAGGCUGGGACUUUUGUUAAGAAAGUCAAAGCAAAGACAAGGAGAAAGAUGCAUGAGCUUGAAAAUCCACUGGAGCAGGAUGAGUUUGCUGAUCUGUGGAAGGAAUGAAAUGUUAAUCUCCUAUUCUUCUAUAAGAAAACAGACUUACGAUGUACGUCCUGUUGUAUGCGUAUUGAAAUGGCAGAUUUUCAUUUACUGCCUAUGCUGUUUCGAAUAUUAUCUAUAUCCUUGGAUUAAGCUUAUAUAUGCAAGAUUGAUUUUAUUAUUUGCUUUUCAUUUGCUAUACUUUU